UAUUAAUAUUGUUUUUCUUUUUUUGAAAAAGAAAAACAAAUAAAAGACUGAAAAUUUGAAAAUUACCCGUUUGAGUCUCUCCAAGGAAACACAAGGGCAUAUCUUGCAAAUCCUUUAACCAUUUCUGUUAGGGCUUCGGACAAAUUCAUGGCGGCUGCAAAUCCUCAGCCUUUGCAAGCGCGUCCCUUCCAGGAACAUGUCCAAGUUCCCUCAAUGAUGGGGGAUGACGACGGUGAAUAUGAAGAUGGUGGCGGCGGCGGCGGCGGCGGCGGCGGCGAUGUUAUGGAUGAUGUCGAAGAAGCUCAUAUGACUUCAGUGAGCGUAGCGAAUCAUGGGGGGUUGGUCAUGGCGUCUAGAACUAGUGAACUUACGCUUUCUUUUGAGGGCGAGGUUUAUGUGUUCCCCGCAGUUACUCCCGAAAAGGUACAAGCUGUGCUCUUACUUCUUGGAGGGCGUGAUGUGCCAGCAGGUGUACCUACAAUGGAAGUACCAUAUGAUCAUAAUAACAGGGGUAUGGUUGACACCCCAAAGCGCUCCAACUUAUCACGGAGAAUAGCCUCCCUGGUUAGGUUUCGUGAAAAACGGAAAGAGAGAUGUUUCGACAAGAAAAUUAGGUACACUGUACGGAAAGAGGUUGCACAGAGGAUGCACCGUAAAAAUGGCCAAUUUGCAUCCUUAAAAGAAAGUUCAGGUGCUUCAAGUUGGGAGUCAGCACAUAGUUGCCUCCAAGAUGGUACUCGUUCAGAAACUGUUUUGCGGAAAUGUCAACACUGUGGUGUUAGUGAGAACAAUACUCCUGCAAUGCGUCGUGGCCCUGCUGGACCAAGGACCUUAUGCAAUGCAUGUGGUUUGAUGUGGGCAAACAAGGGCACGUUGAGAGAUCUCAGCAAGGGAGGGAGAAAUGUGUCCCUGGAUCAUAUGGAACCUGAAACUCCAAUGGAUGUCAAGCCUGUAAUCAUGGAGGGAGAAUUUUCAGGCAUCCAGGAUGAACAUGGAACUCCAGAGGAUCCUAGUAAAACCAUGACUGAAGGCUCCAGUAAUCCUUCCAUUGACCUGGAUGAAGAAGUAACUCCGUUCAUUCACCAAGAUAUAAAUUACCAAAUCCCCGUUACGAAAAUCAGCCCUUUCACCCAGUUACUCAUGUCGACAAAUUGGUUCAUACCGGAUUGGUGCUCUGGUAUCUUGUUCUCUGUACUUUUGUCAACAAAGGACAUAAAUGAAACCACUGGAGACCUUACAAAUUCGUUGCCCAUGCGAAUUGUCAAUCAUUCAUCAAACGAUGAUGAGCAGGAACCUCUUGUUGAACUUGCUAAUCCUUCGGAUACCGAUAUAGACAUCCCCACUAACUUUGAUUAGAAAGGUAAUCGUUUGCUUAGGCAAUGGGUCUCGGAGAUUUCAAAUAAUACUUCGGCUGUUAAUAAUUUCUUGUGCCCGCAUAAAUCCUAGAUGUCAAAACAAUUACUAUCAACAAUGGAGUGGCAGUUAGGACUUGUAUAAUUACAAAAAAUGUCCAUGACAUAAGAUUCAAGUGUGCACAGUGGUCAUCUUUUACCGGGACGUCGCAUGCUGGUCUCAGCUGACGUUAGAACUUCUAACGAUGUUGAUAUUGCAGCUCAAAACUGUUUGUAUUCACUGUCGAGUCAAGUUGUUAGGGGAUACAGGUUGAGUUCUUCCAUCAGUGUAUGAUCUGAGUGAUUCAUUUGGUAGGGUUACUCUUGAUUCAAUUUUAUUGGAAGGUCUGCUUCCAUAAUUUAUCUGUCAUAAUGAUGAAGGGAUCAAAUGCUUGUGGUGUUUGUAUCUUAAGAUAGACCUUUUGUUUUGCUUCUAAUUGACAGUAUUAUAUACAAUGACCUGAGCAGUUGCUAAUAGAAUAAAUUUGCACAUUACGAAUUGUAAUUUUA